GUGCGGCCGCGGGGCAGAGCGCUGAUGCAGCCGGCGCUGGCGCUGCCUGUGCUUUUGCUCGCGGCGGCAGUCACCGCGGGAGAUGCCGCCUCCGCUAUCGACGACUGCACGCCGCCGCGCCCAGCGGCCACGAUAUCCCUGUACGGCUGCUCGUGGUCGGGCACACACAUACGAUGCGAACACUUCCCACCGCGGUCUACGUUUAACAGAGGCGUCGCCGUCCUGGAGCUGGCCGAGCCGGUGAGCAGCCGGGAGCUGGCCAAGGGCAGUACUCACUGCGUCCUGUUGAAGUUGUUCAUCAGAGAGGACAACCGUGGCUGCAGGGAGUCGCUGAUGUUCCGCAACUUCAAAGUGGGCUGGGUCCAAUUCGCACCGGGCACCGCGCAGAAACGGUGCAGUAACUGCAUAGCGAACCUUCGCAUAAUGGAAGACGUCACGCGCCUGCAGCAGUUUAGCUCCAGGAGCUACGAGUAUAAGUUCUGGGACUUCAGUAAUCCGGUGUUCAACGCUGAAACGGGUUCAUUAGUAGAAAUAAGUUUCAAUGUAUUCAACAAGAUGGAGAUACCCUGCAAGAUAUCGCUGGCUAACAUCCAGUAUUUGGGAAACACAAGUGUGGAGAAAUUUACGCUUAGGAGGAACGAGAACAACAGCACGCACUUGAAACUGGGAAUGAUGCCGAAGAUGAAGGACUUCAGAAUUUCAUAUGCUUACAUAGGAAAAUUUCCAGAAGAUGCUGACGUUCGGAUGCCCGUUCUGGAAACGCUGUCGCUGCGCUACGCUGGGCUGGAGGCGGUGCCCCCGGCCGUGGCGGGUAUGAAGCUCCUGGAGACGCUGGAGCUGUCCGGUUCGCGGCUGGGCCGGCUGGCGGGGCAGCUGCCACCGAUGCCGAAACUCAUCGACCUGGCUCUGGACGACGCGGGCCUCUGCUGUCUAGACGAGGACCACGAGGCUUUCACAGGCCUUCCGCAGCUCGAGUUCCUCACUGUCGAGAAUAACGCGCUCACCACUCUGGGUUCGGCGCUGAGCCAACUUCACAAUCUCGAAUUCCUCGUCGCUUCAAAUAAUUCGCUCACUGACUACCCGCAGCUGGACAUUCGCAAGCCUGCAAUCCUCGCAUUCGAGCACAAUCGAUUGCAAACCUUACCGGACUGUGCCAGUCUCAGUCGUAACGACAGUAUAUUGGAUCUGGACAUCAGUAACAAUCAGAUCAGCUCUUGGGAUGGUCGUGACGACAUGCUUAGGUGCGUGGAGAAGCUGAACCUGUCGUACAACAAGGUGAGCGUGCUGAGCUCGAGCAUGCUGCGGGUGCUGGACCGCGUGGAGCUGGCGGACCUGGGCGGUAACCCGCUGCACUGCCGGGGCUGCCCGCUGGUGGAGCUGCAAGAGUGGCUGCUGGGCACCGCGGUGGAGGUGCGCGCCGGCGGGCUGGCCGCGGCCGCCACGGAGCUGCGCUGCGCCGCCCCGGCCGUCGUCGCCGGCUUGUCGGUGGGCGCGGCGCCCUCCAGCCCGGAGGACUGCCGGGCGCCAGUAGAGGAGCCGCGGCCGGUGCUCGCGCUGGCGCUCGGACUGGCGGCCGUGGCCGCGCUGCCGCUGGCCGCCGCGGCGCUCUGCUACCGCUACCGCUUCGAGCUGGCCUACAGCGCGCACCUGCUCCGGCUGCGCCUGCGCGCUCGGGCCAGAGCCAGAACUGGUGGAGGCAGUGCCGGCGCCGCCUUCCUGUACGAUGCUUUCGUCUUGUACAGUGGAGGUGACCGGCAGUGGGUGGUUGAGACGCUGGUGCCGCUGUUGGAGAAAGGACCGCAGCGCUACCGCCUCUGCCUGCACGAACGUGACUUCCAGCUGGGCACCGUCAUCGUGCAGAACAUCUCCAGCUCCAUGGACCGCAGCCGGCACACCAUCGUUGUUCUCUCAGAAAACUUCGUCAGCAGCAAGUGGUGCAUGUGGGAGAUGGACCUGGCGCACCACCGCACGCUGGACCCGUCGCAGCGCGAGUUCAUCAUCCUGCUGGAACUGGAGCCCCUGGAACGCUCCGCGCUGCCGCGCCACCUACGCUUCUUGAUGGACACCCGCUCGUGCGUACAGUGGCACCAGGCAGCCGACAGCGACCACCACCAGCAGGCACUGCGCUCUCUCAAGCGGGCCCUGGGGCCAGGCCUCUUCCCCCGUACUGAGACCACUGUCUGCUGACCACGAGGGGCCUCCACCUCCGACGGAAUUCCAACUGUCUUACUGCGCUUCACCAAAUUGUCGUUAUAUGGGGUGAAAAUUAAUGAAACCGGCAAACAGCAGGGGCGGAUUCCUGAUUGGAAAUGGACGAGAAGAGGUCCUACGAACACAUGUCCAGAAAUGGACGGUAUGCGUGCAACGACAACAAAUUGUCUCGGAACACAGUACAGUGCUGCAUCGCAUCCACGUUUCAGAUGUUGACAGUGGCCUCCACGGGAUGCAAUGCAUGCGUUCACACGUGACGUCAUGGACUGCCACACUCUUUUGCACGUUCUGCCUCUCAUUGAAUACUGUUUCAGAUAUCGUGAACACGAAAGGUCUGCACAUGAGGAACUGGUUCAGCAUACAUAACGCUUUUCAGAUGCCCCAAGAGGUUGACGCUGACGCUGAAGCUGAAAAGACGAGUCUAUCCUUGGCUUGUGGUGGUGCAGUUUAGACCAAAUUUGUCAUUCCUGCGGUUCCUGUAAAGAGAGAAGGAUAUAAUACCAUUCUUGUUGAUUGGUCCUAGCUGGUGUAACCUGGAAAGCCCCAAGAGUUUAAAAUCCAAAGAGUUUAAGUCAGUUGAUCUAGCAUCCGAUGCUACAGGGCCUACGCAUCCUGUUAAGCGUCUGAGGAUGAUGUUGUUGAGGUGUCGGCGAACAGUAACGCGGAAACUGGGAGUUGGUUCGAAAUGCAGAAACCACAUAAGUGUCGUAUUGCCAAAGGCACAUUCUCAAAUAGCCCAGGCACAGUAUUCCAUAGAAAGUCCUCUGUCAAGGCGUUGAGAAAUUUAUGUGGCCAUCAAGAAUCCCUGCCCACACAUUGAUGAUGAACCGAUUCUGAUGAGAGGCCUCAACCAUUGCCUGAGGAUUGUCUGUUGCCAACAGAUGACGAUUAUGCAGACUGAUGAUGCAAGUUCUGGUAAAGGUUGUUUCAUCGGUAAAGAGGACUGCUGACAAAAAUCCUAUAAUUAUGACAGUCUGUUGCAAAAAUCACCUACAAAAUCCUUCCCGUAGAGGGAAAUCCGCUGCUAAUAUUCCUUGCACUCAUUGCAGGUAAUAGGUAUAGUAGCGGUUGUCAUGCAGGAUACACAUAAUCGUUGGCUUAAACCACGUUGGCGGGCCACUUGCCUGGAGUUUAUACCAGGUUUCGUUCCAAUAUCCUGUAGAAGCUGGUCCUCCAGAUCUGGUGUAAGCGCAUUCUCUCGCCUUCGUGCACGCUCGUCUUUCUGAAAAUGACCCAUGAUCACACAAACGCUUAACAGGGGCCUGAAAUGUUGUAUGAUGUGAUAUAGCCGUGCUGCCUCUCGACCAUUUCCAUCUGGUCGGCUAUACAGUAACACCAUCUCGGCUUGUUCCCGACAUGAGUGCCGGACUGUUUUGCUGCUUACAGUACGCUGAGCCCACCACAGCUGCAAUGCACAUGGAACAUGUUCAUAGGACCUUUUUUCCUUCAUUUCCAGUUAGGAAUCCGUCCCUGCAGUUCAUCGGUUUUAUUAAUGUUCAGCUUGUGUACAGGACAAGCCAAAAAAAGAAAUGAGAAGGCCAGACUAGGGUAGGCCGUCGAACCGACCCGAAUCACUAUUGUGGAGCUUCAGCCAUAAAACGACAGCCAAUUUGCACCGACUGUGCGAAAGUUUGUCCGGUAAACGAAUGCGUUUGGGUAUGUCUAGCAGAACUGUUUCUGCAGUAGUGCUGUAAUGACAAUAACGAUUAAAAAUACUCUGACUACAUAAUUGUUCGCUGUGCAUUACAUAAAUACCUGUUACUACGCUAGUUUAAUUAAGAUAAAUUAAAUUUACAUUGGAAAUAUGAAGAGACAAUAAACUCCCUUUGCUUACACAGUUCUGUACACUUGUUGGGAAGGAUGAGAUCAUUGUUGUAAUGUGUGCAUGGUGCAAUUGUGCAAGUGUUUGGGCCUGCCA